CCUUCUUCUGAAGAAGUCUUCCAUGAAGCAGUGGGACUUUGACGCUGUCUAUAAGUCUUUCUCUGCAGGAGUACAUCAGGAGGGAGGAUGGCCAUUACAGGGGUGCUCGAUUCAAGAGGCCCUUGACAGGACACAAGCUUGACAUCUGAAGCAAUCAGGGCUAGGAGGAGCAGUGUGAGAUUGUCGAAACCUUGGAUGAGAGAUAGGCCAAUGGAAGGAGAGUGAAGGGAGGAAGAUUACCUCGUUAAGCAUGAUGGAGGGCGUUGAGACAAGCUUAACAGAGCCCCAGCAAGAAGCAGGUCAAAAGGCUCAGCAGCCGCAGGCAAAGACACGGAUACUAGCCCCAAUGGGUGUCCGUAGAGGGAUGUCGUACUCCCACUCCUUGAUCAAGAUGGGAGGAGAUUCAGGACCGAAGGGCCGAAAAGAACGCCUUCUCUCCACUGAAACACUGUGGCGUAUCCAGAUAAUUCAAGACCGUGAGGCUUCCCUCAGUUCGGGCUCAAGGCGUAUGUCAGGUUCUCCGUCAGCCUGGGGAGGAAUACGACACAGGGAUGAACUCCUAAGGAAACGAAGAAAAGUGGCAGAAAGGCUCCUUAUGUAUUGCCGGUUGGAGCCAGCUAAAGGCCCCUCAAGGAUGCAUUGUUUCAACCUCUUCAUGUAUCUGUGGGCUGCAAAUGAUCAGGGGCAAUCUUGUCCGUUGGUGCAAAUCCCUGACACAAUGAUCAUUCACAAUGGUCAGCCAAUUGCUUGGCUCUUCACCGAUCGUGCCACUGGCCUUCUUCUGAAGAAGUCUUCCCUGAAGCAGCGGGACUUUGACGCUGUCUACAAGUCUUUCUCUACAGGUGGUGAGCGUGACAUGGGUCUGGGGAAGGUGAAGGCUUUGCAUGUGACGCCACAUGAUAUGGCGCAGCACAAAGUUCUUGUCAAUCAUAUGGAUGCCGAGACACUGUAUUCUUUCCUGAAGCGGAAACAUUUUAAAGAUGGCCUCCUGCAGAAGUUCAUGAUGCCGUUUGGAAAGCGAAAUGUUGUCUACAGUGCAUUUUGGUAUCCAAAUUUUUUCUACCUGGAACGGACGAUCAUGAAUGCAAGGCCACGCCCUCUGGCCGAGUUCGACUAUCCAUUUGUCAGCAAGGAGAAACCAUUGCCAAAGGAGGAUGUUUCAUUGCUACUCAGGCAAAGACUCCAAGCAAUCUGCAACUCUAUUGUGGACCAUAUAUAUGACGUAUCCCCUCAAAAGUACAAAAUUGCACAUAUGCGUUUGAUCUUCAAGAAUGACAUUCAGGGACACCUUUGGCUCCUGUUCUGCUAUGACCUUCGCCUACAGCGUGAAAUCAGCAUACAGCGAAUCUCUCACACAUCCCCAACGCAACAACAAUUGACAUCGUCACAUCGAUCGUCUCACGAGAGUGAUGGUGCCACCCAGCGCCCACAGUCUGCUGGUUCUCUCGGUUCUGGUAUGGGAGGUGAUAUGCAACUGAAAGCCUCUGAAGGAACGAUGAAGCGUUCAUCCUCAAGUACGGAGUUCAACCACCCAGUUGGUGAUCGCACAGGCGCUGCCAGCGGCAUCGACAAGUACGACAUCAGCAAAAGGGAUGACGGGUCUCGCGAAGACUAUCAUCGUGAUGGUUAUGGAAUGAAAAGCGGAUGGGAGCUAAAAGAUAGGCAGGGCAGCCGAGAAACGAGAGGAGAUUCAGGUGCUGCUGUCCAGAGACUCCGAACGGAAACAGAUUUCUCCACAAACUACAGCGCAAGGUUGAAUAGACGUUCUGUCCUUUUGUACCAACCUGCAGGUUAUUUGCAAGCUGUUAGCUCGGCUGCAUUUGGAGAAGACUCGGAAAACAAGACGCUACAGGCACAACAUAGGCAUUCUUUGCUGAAGGAUAUUUCUUGGGUUGCAACCACAGAUGUUGUGCAAUCGAUAACCGAAGAGUUAGCUGAAGAACACGAGGCGCACCAACUGAAGAGGAGGCGUUCAGGAGAAGUGGACUUGGGUGGUGGUGAUGAAGGCAAGUCUGGCGCUGGUGCCAUGCUGCUGGGUCAAGUGAAGAUUGCGAAGUCGGAGUUGGGAGGCUUUGGAUUCCAUGGCAUUGGCGUUCAUUCCUCAGAGUUGCAAUUCCCUUCAGCCAUGGGAGCUGGAGCUGGUCACCAACCAUCGCGCCCAGGUUGGUUGUUAUCUGCUGGCUUGCAAGCUGGAGGGCGACCGACAAACUUGGAGGGAAAGGAACGGCGGGUGGACGAGCACGAAAUCGCCGCCAAGAGCCAGGCUCCACCUGACGAUGCUGCGCACAUGGUGGAAAAUCGUCCGCGUUUGAGCAGCUCUGACAAUGAGCCGGAUCAGGAAUUUGGAGGAGAGCUCACAGACGACGAGACCAAUCUCUGGUGGACGGACUACGAGCCAACACGUAUUUGGCUGCGCACACGGACUCGUGAUGUGAACCGGAGAACGCUCCCCUGGUUUGAGCCGUUUCAUUAUCGAGGGGUUGUGCCGAUGCCUCUUCGAAGAAAAUCCUCACGGGAGCGUGCUAGGUUCCCAAGGCUAUCCCCUGGUCAUCAUUACUCUAGUUCAUGGCAGAGAAGCGCGCGAUUACAAUCAGGCGCGAGUGUGCGUAGUAGCAUGCACAGCGGGUGGAGUAUGAUGGACCACGGUAACCAUGAUGCAGGUCGUGAGCGCGAGUCUUUUCGAUUGCCAUCCACAGCGCCUGGUUCCAGUGUACUGGGGAGCAACGGUGACAUCGGUGGGUAUGGUGAGGCCCAUUUAUCGUCCACCACUGAGUUCCCCCCCAUGACAUUGACAGAAGGAGUAAGAGGACAGCGAGACGGGCAUGAAGUGGAGGCAAAUUAUCAUGCACAGGGGAAUUUUGAAAAACAAGGUGACCAUAACCAUGACCAUAACCAUCAUAAUCAUCAUCAUCAUCAUCAUUAUCGUCAUAUGCCACAACAUGUGGAUACUGCAACAGCAGAACAUGAUGAUGUUGAAGCUCCCAACCCUCCCCCUGCUGAAUGCAAUCAUCAUGUCUCGUCAUCAGACACAGGUCACAAUGGACCAGAUCAUGAGCAGGUUGUAAGAGUAGACCCCGGGAAAAGUGGCGACGACACUUCUAAGGGAGUCGUUGUGGCGCCCAGAUCAGGGUCCGGCCGGGCACGAAAGCGCCUCAAACAAGACCGGAAUUGGUUCCGAAAAGGCGGCAAUGGCGGGCGUCGCCGAAAGGAUGUGGAACAGGACAGUAAACGCAGGGAACAGUCCAGUUUAUUGCAAUCAUCUACAGAAGGACGGACGGCCAUGGGUGCGGUUUCUUCGGGACCAAGCGCCGCAGAGCACAUCGCUCAAACUGUCAGCUCUCCAUCCUCACCUGAUCUGGUUUUGUCUUCCAACCCUUCUUCCAUUCUAACGUCCCCUCCUAAUACCAGUUGGGAAAAACAAGAAGAUUUCUCAAGAUCUGACCCACAGCACGAAGACCCAUCUACAGGCACUGGAUUGCACUCCUCCUCUAAGUUGCGGCACCACAGCAAAGAGCUUUCAAGUGACGCAAACUUGGGGACAGACAUCCCAAGCCCAAAAACACUGGAGGUUGACGGGGAGGUCGGCGAGGGGGGAACAGAUGCAGAGGUGCACAUUCCAGCAGCUGUAAGGGAUCAGCUUCCUAACUGGGAAAAGUGGUGGGAAUCAAUAACGGAAGUUGACUGGGUAUCAGAAGCAGGGAUCGGCGACAAGUUUCGUCGAACUUUCGUUGAAACCCCGAGGAAACCUGGCUUUCCUCGUGCUAAGUGGCCUCCGGAAAAGGGCUACACUGUCAAGGACCAGCGCAAACAAGAAAGCAAGGCUGAGCCAAAACUAUUCACAGCCGAGAUCAAAGAGAGUGAGAGGAAAGGGUUGCGAGAAUCUAUAAUGCGGAAGGCGGCGGAGAGGGUGCGCGAAGCGCGGGGUGUAGAUGAUCGGGGCAGCAGAAGGGCAAACGUUCCAGAAGGAUCGAAGGAGGUGAGCCGAAUGGUCUGCGUGAUUGGGGUGGUCGUCGAAGUGUGGUGGGCUUCCCGAGACCACCACAUUGCCCCGACCAUCCUAAUCAGACAGCCAAGAAAGGAGAAGGAGGGGAUCAGACUUCGCUUAGAGGGAAGACGAAGGGACAUGCAGGAGGGAGAUGCACAGCAAGAACGGAAGAUGGCGCGGGGAUGCAGAGCGGGAGAACAGGUUUACGAGUGGAGGAGUGCCAAGGCACUCAAGGGUACCAUGGACGACUUGGUAGCCGUCCCGGACCACGGGGUCACUGAGCCCCAGCUGGUCCAGUUGUUUUAUCAUGCCAUUCCAGAGGCCCUACGCGGGCAUUUCUUUGACAAAUCUCAGCAGGCCGACAUGACUUACGAUGUAUUGAGUAGAGAAGUCGUCCUGCAUGAGUCGAAGUCUAUGCCAGUUACCACUUUCUGGCAUAAGGACCUGGAGAAGGGGAAGAAGUGGAAAGAUCGUACCAUCUCGGGCCAAGUCAAGGCCAAGGAUCCCUUGAUCCUGACAUUAGAGGAGGGUGGUACAAAAGAGGUCCCAUAUGAUCAGAUUGAGUGGGGCCUUGAAAAUGAUGGCAGUAGUGUGGGGCAGGGGAGGUCUUACGCUGCUGUCGCGGCUGGAGGGAGGCCGCAAGGAGGAGGAGGAGGCUAGGGCCAAAGGGGCCAGGCCAUGGGAGGCCGAGGACCGGGCGCACAGGGGGUUGGCGGACAGGGAAACCGCCAAGCG